AUGGUAGAUAUCCGUUUUUCCGUUCGAGCAGACGUGCAACAGCGCACAGAACCCAUCGAAGCAGUCAUAGCCCAUUUCCGCAAACUUUGGGGUCGCUUUACCAAGAAUCGAUACACUACGUUCCUCACAUUCAUGUCAGCCUUGUUCGUACUGACUCUCACUCGCGCUUUGUUUUCAGAACCCGUGACUGGACCCACCCCUGACCUUGUCAAGGUGGCUGGCCUGGCCAAGUCCUUUGAACCUCUGAUGUACUACAGUGAAAACGGUCAUAGCCAAGUCGUUCAGCUAGGCGAGACUGGCGUUGCCGUAUGGGACUUGGGUGAGAGCGUUCGCUCAACCAACAUGACCUCAGGUCCCAUCAUUGUGCGCGAACUCGACGAGCUUUCGGACAGUCUGAAGAACCUCGCUCAUGAGUUGACUCGCUUCUUUGCAGGAGUCGAUGGCGACAUCGACAGUAUCCUCAUUGUCAUGGAGUGGGCACAGAGAGAGCUCACCAAGCUCAACACCUUGCCAGCAUCACACAUGUCGCUGGCCUUCUCAAAUCUCCACUCUCUACUGUCGCGAGUUGGUCUUCUCGAAGAUCACCGUACAGGAGAACAGACUGCAGUUGGAAAGAUUGUCGCUGAACUCUUUGGCCACACUGCACCCCAAGUCACACGCGCCACUCUCCAACGCACCUUUACCGAUUUCCUCGGCGUACUCGAAGAGAGCAUCAACAAUGAGUUGACUGCCAGUAUGAGCUUGUUUGCCCACUUCGAGGCUAUCGACCGACAGUUCCUCAAUCUACAGCGCGUCGUCAUUCGCGAGACCGAUGCACAAGAGCGAGAGGAGAACGAGGCGCUGGCCUCGCUGUGGGCUCGAGUCAUCGGAGUCAAUGCUUCGAGGCUGAAGAAGUUCGAGAAGAACAAGCAGCUUCUCUCGUCUCUCCGCGAACGCACCAUCCAGAACAAGCAUGUUCUUGUUGAUCACAAUGGUCGCCUGCUUCAACUCAGGAGCAAUCUAGAAAUUCUGCGCAAGAAGCUCGUCUCACCUCUUGUAAGGUCUAAUGGCACAAGCACCCUUACUGUCGAUGAGCAGAUCAAGGGUUUGGAGGGUACUUACCUCAGCCUACGAGCUACAAGAGAGGCGCANAAGAGCCGACUCUACGAGAUCAUACACGACGCAGGUACCAGAAGGGUGGGCAUUGUCAGAGGCCCUGAUGAGGGAUACGCUAUCGAAGGUCGUUAG